AUGAAGAUAUCACUGUUGUCAAUCAUCAAGAAGACAUCGGUACUCAUAGUGGCAGUAUCAUGUUUGAUCAUUACAUUGUUCUCAACUGUACAUCUGAUAGACUUCCUCUCAUGGAUUACAGGUGAUGAAAGUACAGCUACACAACAACAACAGAAGAAACAUUUGAAUGAGCAAUACUAUGAUGAUCCGGACAAGUUGCGACAGCUGGAGCGUGACACACGCCUUCAUUUCAUAAUGGACAUUGUACUUCUGACAUUGUUUGUACUACAACACUCAAUGUUGGCAACUGAUAGCGUCAAAUCAUGGUUCUCAGGCAAAGGCACGGCGAUCAAUGCAUUGCAACGAUCAUUCUAUCUACUAUGCACAUCGAUCAGUAUCGAAUUGUUGAUAAUGUUCUGGCACCCACUGGACAACAUUGUAAUAUGGCGCAUCGAUGCACUUCAACCCUACAGCCAACUCAUCAAGUCAUUAGCCAAACUACUACUGCUAGUUGAACUCAUCGUAGUGUUCGAUGUCUUGGAGUUCACUGGUCUCAAACAAGUCUAUAGAUACAUUAUGAACAUGGAAGAGAAGCCAUUAUUUCCAGCACAUUGCAGCUAUCUUCAGAGCAUGAGACAUCCAAACUUGAUUGGUGUCAUGCUGCUUGUGUGGUCAAGUCACAAGAUGACUCUGGACUUGCUGUCCAUCUGUAUAUUCUUCAUGUCCUAUAUGUUCAUUGGUCACUCCAUGCCAACAAACGAUCGCAAGGCAAUUGGACAGCAUUGGUACAAUCUUCUCAAAUGGAAGAGUAAUUAA